AUGGAAAUCGAUCAAGAGGAUUCAAGUAAUGUUUUUUUCGGCAAUACUAUUCCUGGUUUAGAUAUAUUAAAUGAAAUCAAUUUAGGUCAUGUGGCACGUGGUUCUUCAUUGAAUGCAACAGCACGAUGUUUAGUUCGUACUGCAUAUGGUGAAACAGCAUCAUUUAAUGAUUUAGCUUCAGGAGGAUUUGAUCUUCUUUUAAGUAAGAUUAAUAAAAGACAUUCAAUCAUUAUUUUAGUAUUUCAAAUCUAUAUUUUCAGCUUUUAUUGCCCGAAUUCAUCAAAUAAAUGUUGCAUCUGUCAUUGCAGACAGUCAAUAAAUCAAGAACUCUUUACAGCAAAUGAAACACGACAACAACAAAAAAACCUUCUCGACCAGAUCAUCCAUUACAUUAUCAAAACGAGAAAUUUCGACAACAGUUCAACCAUCAUUAUUAUCGAAUAAAGAACAUGAUGAUGAUGAUGAUGACGACGACGAACUUUGAAACAUAGAUUUUUGUGGC